AUGGAUUGGUUCUCAUGGUUAUCAAGAACGAAUCUUGAAGACUCGCUAAUCUACGAGUACGGACUCUCCUUCUCCCACAACGAGCUAGAAUACGAAGACAUCGCUUACUUCAACCACGAGUUUCUCCAGAGCAUGGGGAUCUCCAUCGCCAAACACCGUCUCGAGAUCCUCAAGCUCGCCCGGAGAAACAAGAAACCGUCUCCGUUAACCGCUCGUUCGGUUUCGAGAGUCUUGAUCGCGAUUAGGAAGACAGGGAAGUGCUUCUCCGAGUACGUUAGGGCGUGGAUCCGACGGGAAGAGUCUUCGAGAGCUCUGGUGGUUGUGCCGAGAAGUAACGGGAAUGGGAGGUGGAAAGGAGGGUUGAUGAAGAGGAGCAAGAGGUCUGUGACGCCGAGUAAUGGUAAUGGCGGUAAGGAAGAGAGGCUUUUGUUGACGAAUGGGACUCCGUGUAGGCUUGAAAGCUUCUCGAGUUCUGCGGGUUUGGAAUACGGUUUGAGAGAGGAGGAGAAAGGUUGUGACGUGGAUGAAGAGAUUAAGUGGGAUUCUAUGUUUCAAAAUCUGAAACCUACUUGAAGUUUGAUGAUGAUGAUGAGUCAGGUAGAUUGGUGACUUUUUAGAGUUCUUACACCAACAUUUAUGUAUUUGAUGAGCUGCUUUCUUUUGUUUGUGGUUUGUUUUGAUUAGCUUUUGUUAAUUUAGAAUUAUAGGUUUUAUGUCUUGUUUAGAUUUUCAUCUGAGAAAAGACCCAACAGAGGAUACUCUGUUUUUUCUUUCUUUCUCCAUUUCUACUACAUGACUCGUUUCUCUGAUUACAAGAUUUGUCUUUGGAGUGUUAAAUCUUGAUUUCUCAAAAGUUGAUUGAUCUAUUUCUUGCCAUAUGACAAUUGAUUUGAACUGAUCUAGUAUGGGAUGAAAAAUGUUUCACUCCCACUCUAUUUUUCACUUCAUAAUCAAUUUUAUUCUAUUUAUGCA